AUGUGCGACUGGCCGGACUCGGACGCGCACAGGCCCAAAAAGAAGUUGGGGUUCGACAUCUACUGCAAGAUGCCGCCCGUCAAGACGCUGCUCGCUGCGCAGCGGGCGCGCAGGCGCACGGGCGUGCAGCACGCACACGGGAGCAAGGAAGAGAGCAAUGAGUGCGACGGCACCUUCUUUCUGUUAGACGACAGCAGCAGCACGCGAGGCCCCAACACGCCCUGGAACAGCUUCAGCGGGCGCACAAGCUACCCACCAAGGCCCGUCAAGGUCGCUGUGCCGCCCGCCUUCAAGGCACUGCUGCCUGCCAACAGAUGGGACCGGGACGGUCGCCUGCGCACCACACUGGGCACGUGCCAUGCUGGACUCAAGCAGGCUGGGCACUCGCCACGCAAGAGGUCCCGCCCGGCACAUGAG